GGUAGAGACCCGGUAAUAGCUGGGGAGGGAUCUAGGUGGGAUUUUGUAUAAAUAACUACAAAACUGAAGGCUGGCUUUGUUUAUUGUGAUGCAGAAGUCAGUCACACAGUGGGCAGUGAGUUAGCUGAAGGCUGAUUGGCAUUUGUCUUUGGUGUGUGACAGAUCAUUGUACUAAACUUUCCCUCCAGAAGUGUUUCUACUGGAAAGAAAGAAUGACCUUUCCUUUGUCAGCCUGUAUAUCUUGGAUGCUGUUGUCCUGCUGUGGAGCCUAUACAGACUGCCAGCCCCAUCGUGCUGUGACAUUUCAAGAUUGUUUUGAAAAUUCCAAACUCAAACGGGUGGGGACUCUUACCUGGCAUGGCACUCCUGCUCCAGCUGCAGCUCAGAGCCUGGCUGUGGACAGCACUGGUCCUCUAUGUGUUUGCUGGAUCCUGGAGGCAGAGAGAUGGACAACUUCACACGGAGGACCAUGCUGAUGUGAAUGUGUUUCAUAACAAGCUGGAGGAUGCCAACGUCAUGCUAGAGUUGCUCUGGGAAGGACUGGAGAUUGAGGCUAACGAGACAAUCAGGCUGCAGGAUGAGGAACUGGCCUCUCUGCGCUCAGCAAAGCGAUUUCUCCAGAUCUUCCAGCACCAGGUUCCCAAGACAUCAGAAGGGAUCAAGGAGCAGCUGAAACAUCUUUCACAGGCAGAUGCCCCUCUGAGUCUAGUAGAGUUCGAUCAGCUUCUCUUCACCAGCGUUUACUGCGCUUAUCAGAUUCGCUCCAUUCAGGGCCUGGACAAAAAUAUCUGGAUCAGUUUCUUUUCUCAACUAGUUGAUGAAAUCCUCCAUGAUCUCUGCAAGGGAUUCUGCCCUGCAAAUUCCACUCUCCUGGCUUCCUGGCCCUGGAAGGAGAAGCCUUUUUAUUUAACCUCACUGAAAAAGUCAUAUCAUUCCAACCUGGCCAUGAUGAAGAGAGGCACUGAGUAAGGAGACUGACAUGAUGAGAUUCAAUUGCAUUCUUGUUAUUCUGAAUGCUGCCAGUCAUCCCAGAUUAUGCUGGUUACUGUGCAAAAGUGCCACCAUUCUUCCUCUUUUGCUUUCUGUAUUGUACUGGCAACAUUCCAGGCAUUUAUCCAACCAGCUAUUGUCCCAUCUUUAAAUAUGAAACAAGGCCUGGGAUGUCUCCCUAGGAUCUCCAUAGAAAACACACUUCUGAGAUGCACUUCUGCCUUGAUCACUGAUGGCCAUUAGAGAUGUCACAGCACUUUUUCCAGAAGUCCAGGUAUUAGCCUGUAAUGGCUGAAUUCCAUCUCAGGUAAUUCCAUUUUGCCUCCCUAAAUUCCCCAUGGUUGCAGUUGGAUAUAGUAUUUUUCCUUUACUACAGUAACUCACUAUACAGCAUAGCUGUGCUGUUCAUACAGCUGCUGUGUUCCAGGUGGCUACACUCUGCGGUGAUUCAUAUUAAGUUCUGACUCAUUUUAUCUGUCAUCCCAUACCAGGUGCCUGGAACAGUUUCCCAAGUAAUGUGCACCCAUUUCCUUCCAAAAACUCCUGAAAAUGUACUGAUUCCAUGAACCCUUCUGGUAUAGAUAUCAUUCCCCACUUUGUAUUAGUACAGAAUGGGUAUUUGCUUGUCUCUCAUCUACUAAACUUUUGAGGGCAGGGAUCCAGUUAUUUGUUCAGCAGAUUUUACCUCUUCUAGAGAAUCGUCUUCUACA